AUGCAACAGACAAACAUCUUUAUUUAAAGCUCUCAGUAUAUUCCUGAAUAAUCAGAACCAAUUAAAUUUUUAGAGUUUUCAAGUGAACCAUAUUUAGAUCAAUCUAAAAUUGAUACAUAUAGAAAGUAAGAGAAGCUUGGGAGAUUUAAUUAAGGCCAAAAAAGUUAAUACUAUAUAAUAUAAUUUAGAUAGAGAAUCCAUAUAGAUCAAGUUGGGCUAACGCAAUUUUACAUAAACACUUUAAUAUUAAUAUUGUGGAAAAGGGUCAUAAAAUUAUAAUUAAAAAAUUACCUGAAACAGAAGGUAUAUCUCAAACACUAAUAACUCCCUUGCCUGCUAUACAGACAUCAAUAUAAAGAGACAAAAGUUAACUUUUUUCUAGUAUUUCUCAAUACACUAGAAAUAAUUUAAAUAAAUUCUUUAAAUAAAAAAGAAAUUAUCAUGGAUCUACAUCAACAGAAAACAAUAGUUAAAACUUAUAAAAUUCAUCUUAAAAAUAAACAGAUACCAAUGACGUGUUCUCGCUUAUUCAUGUAAAAAGUUAAGACAGAUUGAUGCCAAUUUUUGAUGUUAAUUUUAAAAAAAACCUUUUAUAAUAUAAUAUAUGA